AUGGCGAAGACGUACGAUUACCUCUUCAAGCUGCUGCCUAAAAUAAGGAUGACCACCCCCACACAAAAAGGACGCGUCGGCAAAACCUGCCUCCUCUUCCGAUUCUCGGAGGACGCCUUCAACACCACCUUCAUCUCCACUAUAGGAAUUGAUUUCAAAAUACGAACGGUAGAGCUCGAUGGCAAGAAAAUCAAGCUCCAGAUAUGGGACACGGCCGGCCAAGAAAGAUUCCGUACCAUCACAACCGCAUACUACAGAGGAGCUAUGGGAAUAAUGCUGGUAUAUGACAUAACAAAUGAGAAGUCCUUUGAUAACAUAAAGAACUGGAUAAGGAAUAUAGAAGAGCAUGCAUCAUCGGAUGUGGAAAGGAUGAUCCUGGGAAACAAGUGUGACAUGAAUGAGAAAAGACAAGUGUCAAAAGAGCGAGGGGAGAAGUUAGCGAUAGAUUACGGGAUUAAGUUCCUGGAAACCAGUGCAAAAUCCAGCAUAAACGUUGAAGAGGCAUUUAUCACACUUGCACGAGAUAUCAUGACAAAGCUAAACAGGAAAAUGAAUGAAAACAGCCCUCCAGGAGGAGGUGGUCAAGUGAAAAUCACCGCCAAGAACCAGUCAAAGAAAAGCAGCUUCUUCCGCUGUACGCUGCUUUGAUGGACUUACAAUGACAGACUGCAGCAUCCUUAGGGCAACCUUCUUUGCUUUCCCGAAAGCACAUUGUUGAUCAGCCUCUGAAAAUAAUUCCACCUGCUGCUGCUGCUGCCGAGAGCUCGCUGUUUGCAGAUAGCCUGUUGGUCUUCCCCGAGUGAGGUGGGCAGAUACACAAGUGCCAUCCCUAGCCCACCCCCUCACUUCGCUCUUCCCAUCUCCCCCCCCCCCCCCCCCCUUCCCCCCACCCCUAAACCCACCCAAGCCCAGUUGGCUCAUGUUGACCAUUUGUGACAGAAAAUGGAGGAAUUGGAGGUACAGGACUAUGCGGCGUGGACUUGUUGAAUCUGGACUGCCUACUGUAGAACCAUUGUCAGUGUUGGGAACCAUCCAUACAGUAUCAAUACAGCCAAAAUCACCUUUGAUGCCAACAAACUCCUUGCAACUUGUGUUUGUGUUCCCAUUCCCAAAUGCUUUAGCCUUCUAUCUCUUGUCCUUCUCUCCGCUCUCCUCUUUAAAGCAACUACAUCUGGAUCUCAUUUUUUUCCUGUUUCAAUUUAGCCAUGCAGAUUGGCCUAGCCAGGUUAACAUGAAUGUUGAAAGCUGUGGCCCUGGACAGGUUGAACUUCUCUGAAUGCCCGUUUUGUUUGGCCGCAUGCCCUGAACUAAAAGCUACGAAGAUGACUUGUAUCUUGAUGUUUGUCCAGUGAACCUUUCUUGCGAUGGGUUGCAUCGGCCAGCCUGGACUUGGGGCGUGAGUUAGAUGUGGAUUGUUUGUAGCACUGGGACUUGUUGACGUUGUGUUAAGAUGGAAAAAUCUGAUGUGGACCCUGUUGUUUGCCGGUGACAUUUGCCUCUCCCUUUAACUGAAAGCAUCUGUGUGAGAGCAUGUGGAGCUAAGGCACUAUAUGCUUAGCUGUGAUGGAUCAAGGGCCACUCAAUACCCACGGGCCAUGUGCCAGCAAGGAAUUAGCUCCUUGAGAGGCAGAGUGAUGAAACAGCUGGUGAUAGAGAACGUGGGCAAAGCGCUCAGAAUAGGCGACUGGAUUGUAGAGGGUGCGGGUAGGCGGAGGAGGAUGUGUGGCACGGUGGCACAGCGGUAGAGUUGCUGCCUCACAGCGCCAGAGACCCGGGUUUGAUCCGGGAUCUCCAGUUUCCUCCCACACUCCAAAGGCAUGUAGGUUGAUUGGCUUGGUAUAAUUGUAAAUUGUUCCUAGUGUGUGUAGGAUAGUGUAAGUGUGCGGGCAUCAUUGGUUGGCACGGUCUUGGUGGGCCGAAUGGCCUGUUUCCGUGCUGUAUCUCUCAACUAAACUAAAGGAUGCCCAUUAUUUGGAAGCUGGCAAGAUAUGUACAAGGGAUGAGUGGCCAGGUGUGGGUGUUGAUUGAAGAAGCUGUCUCUGGUAUUGCCUGACUCUGCCCUGCUCCCUAUUCGAAGCCCCACUUGAGAACCAGUACCUUCCCAGGUGAUGCCAACUAACCACGGACACCUUUCCCCCUGCGUACUGUUGAGCCCCCACCCACCCUCUCACUGAUGUAGGUCAUGAUUCUAUAUGUUCCAGUUCCCCUCCCCUCUCCUUUCAGUCUGAAGAAGGUUCAUCGCCCAUCCUUUUUCUCCAGAGAUGCUGUCUGACCCACUGAGUCACUCCAGCACUUUUGUGUCUAUCUUCGAUCCUAAUGUUCUUUAAUGACAACCCCUCUGGACUUUGUACUGCCCUUGUCACUUGAUUCCAGAUACAAACCUUGCCUCUGUGUCUGUUGUGGACAGUGUAACAAAUGUAAUCAGAUUCAAGUGGCUUUGUUAUACAGCGCUAUUAACCCUUCUCCCCACCAUCCUCUUCAAAGCUUCUCGUACAGAGGUCGAUAUACACGGGGUGCCAGAGCACUGGACUGAUGAAUGUUUCUUGCAUACCAUAGCUAAAGCCAUUGCGUGGUAAUGGCAGAGAAUCUAUCUGCUGCCCUUUAACACGCAAACCUCCAUUAGCAUUCUGUUGACAAGCUGCCUACUAUUUCAUUGUCUAAAGACAUCCAACUAAUGUCUUUGAUUUUAACAAAAGUUUUACUGAAAGGAAAACCACUGGAUAUGAUCAGAGAUGCAACAAACUCUGACAUUUUAUUGGCAAUUGCUGUAAGAAUGUGUACACACACAUGCCUGUCUUCAUGAGCAACAAUCUUCAGCCUGUAAUGACUAUUAUCAAAUAAUGCUUCUUGAUGCAGCCCUACAGUGGAGUAUAUGCUCUGAUGUAUUAAAAAAAAAUGUUUUUUUGCUAUUUUCUUAACUGUAGCUAUGCUAAAUUAUACGUACAUCACGGAAGCCCGUAGGAAGUUUACUUUCCGCAUGGCGAGAGUGAGGUUUCUAAAAGAAACUAUUUGCAUUGGUAUUAAAUGCUUUCUUAUUGUGAACUUGUUCACAACACUGCAACACAGUAAGUUGGCAAAACUGGGCUUUAGCUUGCAAUACAGAUACUAAUUAUCAAAAAAAAACUUAUUCCCUGUGGAUUUUGAAUGAAUUUUAUUUCAUAAAAUGAUCAAUGUGUACGGUUUACAAAAAAAAACAGCUUUUACUGUGGAAGAGAAAGCAUAUUCGCAGCAGUAUUACUCUCCAGAGCUGCAUUUUAUCCUUUAAGAAGGAACUGCAGAUGCUGGAAAAUCAAAGGUACACAAAAAUGCUGGAGAAACUCAGCGGGUGCAGCAGCAUCUAUGGAGCGAAGGAAAUAGGCAACGUUUCGUCCCGAAACGCUCCAUAGAUGCUGCUGCAUCCGCUGAGUUUCUCCAGCAUUUUUGUCUACCUGCACUUUAUCCUUCAUUGUUAAUAAACUACUUCAGUGUUUCUUUUUAAUCUGGGUCCUGUGGAAUGCAGAGUUUGCAGUAACUGAGCGCACGUCAACGUGUGCCCAUCACUGUGUAUCAUGUUGCAUCGAAACUGUUCAAUCCUUCUAGGAAGACAUUUUUUUUAUUACCUUAGUUUGUCAAUAACACCUACCAGGGUCCAUCAAUAAUUUUAUUGCAAUGUAAAUUAAAAUACGUAAUCACACUCCCCUCUUCUCUAGCCUUUUCCGCAAAGGCUUUGGAGAUUUUUAAAUGUUUUUUUUUUUAAUUAACUCUAAACAUUUGAGAGAAUAUUUGAAAGACCCUGACAAUAUUGUAUGUACCUGCAGCUAAAUGAAUAGGAUGGGUUCCUAUGAUAAGUGUUUUAACAUUUGAAUGCGAUUAAUUUGUGUACUGAUGUUCUGUAAAGUAAACUUGGUGGGUUUUAUUAUUCAGUGUGGACUUUUUUAUAAUGAGUCUCAAAUAAAAAUUAAAUGCCAGAACGAGAAA